AUGGGCGUCCAAGGCCUCUGGACGAUAGCCUCCCCCUGCGCCCGCCCCACCAACCUCUCCACCCUCAACCGCAAGCGCCUCGCCAUCGACGCCUCCAUCUGGAUCUACCAGUUCCUCAAAGCGGUCCGCGACAAAGAAGGCCACGCCCUGCGCAACAGCCACGUAGUCGGCUUUUUUCGGAGGAUCUGCAAACUGCUCUGGUAUGGCGUGCAGCCCGUGUUUGUGUUUGAUGGCGGGGCGCCGGCGUUGAAGAGGGCGACGCUGUUGGGGAGGAGGAGGAGACGCGAGGGACGGAGGGAGGAUGCGGCGAGGACGGCGGGACGGUUGUUGGCUGUGCAGAUGCAGCGGAUGGCGGAGGUUGAGGGGGAGAGGAGGAGGAAGAGGGCCGCUGCUGUGGAGGAUGGGACUGCUGCGGCAGCAGAAGAAGACGAAGUAAUCCCCAACAUGGACGAAAUCGUCUACGCCGACGAACUCGGCAUGACACCCCAAGAACGCCAACGCACGCGACACUUCCGCAAACAAGACGCCUACCACCUGCCCGACCUGCAAGGGUCCAUCGACGGCAUGGGCAAGCCCAACGACCCGCGCAUUAUGAGCAUCGAGGAACUUGAGGCUUAUGCGCAGCAGUUCCACUCCGGCGAGGAUACCAUCAAUCUCUAUGACUUUAGCAAGAUUGAUUUCGACGGGGACUUUUUUCGGAGUCUGCCGCCUGCCGAUAGGUAUAACAUCCUCAAUGCGGCGCGGCUGCGCAGUCGGCUGCGUAUGGGGUUGAGUAAAGAUCAGUUGGACACCAUGUUCCCGGACCGGAUGGCGUUCUCACGGUUUCAGAUUGAGAGGGUGCGGGAACGGAAUCAUUUGACGCAGCGGUUGAUGGCGGAGAUGGGGAUGACGGGGCUGGAUUUGACGCUGGGCGGUGCGAGCCGGGUGGCGGGGGAUCGGAACCGGGAGUAUAUUUUGGUGAAGAAUGAGGGGGCUGAGGGGGGAUGGGCGCUGGGGGUGGUGAGUCGGGAUAAGGAACGGGGGAUGGUGCAUAAGCCGAUUGAUGUGGAUGCGUUGGAGUUUCGGUAUCAGGGGAAGGAUGAGGAGGAAGAGGAGGAGGAUGUGGAGUUUGAGGAUGUGCCGAUUGAGGGGGUGAAUCGGCUGCCGAGGCCGAAAGAGACGGAGGAGUCGUUGUUUGUGGAUAACGGGGGGGCGGACUUGUUUUAUGAUGAGUUUGAGGACGAGGAGGAGCAGCUUAGCCGGGCUAUUGCCAUGUCUCUUGAGAAGCAGCACGGUGCCCAAGAUGGGGACAACCAGGACGAGAACGACAGACCGGAUGAAGACGCCCCCCAAUGGGAACAGAAAGCAGUCGAAGCCCCUCGGCCAAUCGUGAGCGCCAGCGGCCGGAUGGUGGCGCAUAUCGUCAACAACCGAGCGAGCGCUGCGGUGCCGCGGCGUCGGAGCGAGAGCCGGGAUCGGGAUAUGGAUGGGAAUAACGGUGAUAGUGAUAGCGACGUUGAUCUCCAGGCCGCGCUGGCCGCCGCAAGGAAGAAGCAGCCCAAGGUGCAGCCGGCCAAACCCCAGACACUAGCAGUCGCGGGACCUAGCAAAGCAAGCACGAACCCGUUCGAGGGGUUUGGGGGUCCGCUGCCGUUUGAGAAACUCGACUGGAAGAGUGCGUUUGGCGGGCGGCUGUCACGGCCUGAGCCGCCUCAGCCCCAGCUAAACCCUCAAAAAGUAGAAUCAGCCGACCUCGAAGCAGAAUCCGACGAUGAAGCCGGCGGAUUUGAGAAAGAAACCGAACCACCCGAGACGAGCGUGCAGGCCGGAAAUAAUACACCACGCCCGCUACCCCCUUGGUUGACGGAUGACACGGAUAUUCGGGAGUCGGUGAGGAAGCAGCAGGAGCUAGAAGUGCAGAUGAAUGAGGAGGACGAAGAUGUGGGUGUUGAUGGGUUGCAGUUUGGCGGGGAGGAUGUCAUUGAGAUUGAGUCGUCGAGUGAGGGGGGUGAGAGUGAUGUUGAGAUUCUUGAUGCGCCGCCUUUGAGGGAGCAGGAGAAGCAGCUGGGUCUGGGGCAAGGGCUGGGUGUGAUGCCUGGGGCGAGUUUGCCAGUGGAAGACGGGGGGUCUGCGAUGGUUGAGCAGGAGUCAGCGCCAGAGCCGGAGCCGGAAGCGGAAGCUGUUGAGUCCGAUGAGGACAUGGAGUUUGAGGAUGUGCUGCCUGAGCCUGCAUCUGAGCCUGAGCCCCAGCCUGCACCCACAAACGACGCCCUCGAAGCCGAGCUAUUCGGUGAAGAAGCCGCGCAGACCGAAAUGGAAGAAGGGAUACCCGCCCCCGCUCCCGAAGAGUUCGACCUCAGUGACCCCGAAGAAGAGGAACUUCUCGCACAACUAGCCGAGGAAGCCGAAGAGCACGCGCGGUUUGCCAGCCAGCUCAACCACAAGCCGCAACUCGAGAACCAAGAAGCUUACGAGCGCGAACUGCGCGCCCUCCGCAGCCAACAAAAAAAAGACCGCCGCGACGCCGACGAGGUCACGCAGACCAUGGUCAGCGAGUGCCAGGCCCUGCUCACCCUCUUCGGCAUCCCCUACAUCACGGCCCCCAUGGAAGCCGAGGCCCAGUGCGCCGAGCUCGUCCGCUUGGGUUUGGUCGAUGGCAUCGUCACCGACGACUCGGAUACUUUUCUGUUUGGCGGUACGCGUGUUUACAAGAAUAUGUUUAAUAGCAAUAAGUAUGUCGAGUGCUACCUCGCGCGGGAUCUUGAGACGGAACUCGCCCUCCCGCGUGAGCAGCUCAUCGCUCUUGCUCAGCUACUUGGGUCGGACUACACCGAGGGACUCCCGGGUGUCGGGCCCGUCACCGCCCUCGAAAUCCUCUCCGAGUUCCCCGACGACAGCCUAACCGCCUUCCGCGACUGGUGGCAAACCCUCCAACAACACCCCACCCAACUCAACAACCCCCCCAACGAUCCCUCCAACACCCCCUUCCGCCGAAAAUUCCGCCGCUCCCACAUCACCAAACUCUUCCUCCCCCCUGGCUUCCCCAGCCCCGCCGUAACCGAAGCAUACCUAAAUCCCAUAGUCGACACCGACCCGCAGCCCUUCCAAUGGGGCGUCCCCGACCUCGACGGUCUCCGCCGUUUUCUUAUGACCACCGUCGGGUGGAGCCAGGAACACACAGAUGAGGUUUUGGUGCCGGUGAUUAGAGAUGUGAAUAGGCGCGGGGUGGAGGGGACGCAGAGUAAUAUUACGAGGUUUUUUACGGGGGGGGUGGGGGUGGGUGCGAGAGACUCUGGAGAAACAGGUGAAGGGGAAAGGGACGUGUUUGCGCCGAGGCAGAGGAAAGCGGGAAGUAAGAGGAUGGUGGAGGCUGUGGGGAGGUUGAGGGCGAGGGGGGGUCGUCCCAGGAACGGGUUGAGAGAAGAGAUGGAGAUGCCGGUUGCUGUGCCGCCGGGGCCGAAGAGGAAGAGGAAGGCUGGGCGGGGUGAGAAAGCUGAGGAUGGUGAGGAUGAAGGGGAUGGUGAGAAUGAGGAAGAAGAAGAGGAAGUAGUGGUUUCGAGGAAUAAAGGAACCGGAGCGAGGAGGGGGAAAGGGAAGAAGGCAAAGGCAUAG